UCCAGCCAGUCGGCGUUGACUCUCCUGAGCAGGAAGAUCACCUCACCGGCCUUAAGACUCAACUCCAGCUUCCCGCUCCCGCUGAAGUCAAACAUCGCCUGGACACACACACACACGCACGCACACACAGACACACACACACACACACGGCACACGUGGACAGAGAGGAAGAGACGUUUGAGUGAAGGAGACACAGAGGUGCCAAGAUGGCGAUGAAAGACUUUUUGAAAGAGGAUGAUAUCAAGAAGGCUCUUGACGCAUUCAAGGCGGCAGAGUCCUUUGACUACAGGAAGUUCUUUGACAUGGUGGGCCUGAGGGCCAUGUCUGCUGACAACGUCAAGCAGGUCUUCAAGGUGCUGGAUGUGGACGAGAGCGGCUACAUUGAGGAGGAGGAGCUCAAAUUUGUGCUGAAGGGCUUCUCCUCAGAGGGUCGAGACCUGUCCGACGCGGAGACCAAAACAUUCCUGUCAGCUGCCGACAAGGAUGGAGACGGAAAAAUCGGCAUUGAUGAGUUCGAAGCCCUGGUACACGAGUAACAGGCAUAUCCCUGGCCGCCCCACUGGCUACCUCUCCUCUCCCUGUCCUUGACCCCGCGUCUCUGCCCCCACCUGCCCCCUGCCCUCCCCUCUAGGCCUCCUGGUACGGCGCCAGAGCCACCACCAGAGAGCUUCACCAGGGGGCGCCAGAGAGGCAACACCCACCAACACACCUCUCUAUUUAUUCCACCCCCCCCCCCCCUUUUUAUACAAACACUCUGUGCGUGUCGACGUCGUCUUUUAUUUAAAGUACACUAUGAUUUCACUUUUGCUCACCUGAACCUGAGUCUACCUAUCGUAGUCUUCUAACAAACAGUAGUCAUUCUCUGGUCUCCCUCCCCCCCUCGCCGCCAUGACUUGCAUAACUCCUACCCCCACCCCCCUCCCCCUCCCCCUACUGAGCGAUUAAAUAUGCCAAUAAAACAUGAUGAUGACAAUGAGCUCCAGUUAUGAAGAGGGGAAUGAUCCCAAUGAGAAAUAAAACAAUGUCUUGAGUACA